UAGACCAUAGACGCGCGCGCGAAACCAAAUCCGGAGAGACCAUUGACAGCACGGUCACCGUCCUACUCAUGUCUUUUCGCUCCAUCAACAAUGCGAACGUCAUGACUGUCCAGUGUCUCAAAGCUUUGUCCCUUCUCGUGACACCAGCAGUAUCGCGUUAGCGCGCUAUUAGCGCAGGCCCUGAUUUCCGUUAUUCCACGCCUACGACCUCCGAUACUUCCACAGAAAACAUUCUCAGCAACUCAGCAUGGAGACUGCAAAGCCUUUCCGCAGCGAUGGGCCUACGCUUGAAGCAGCCAAGGCAGAGCUGUCAAGGCUUCUCGCAGAAGAGAUUUCCAUCCAGACCGAGUGAGUCUUGUUUUUGGGCGAUCGCACAAGGUUCUAUAUCUAAAAUCCCACGCAGGCUUGAUAAGUUCAAGAACAAGGUUGCAGAGCUCGAGACCAAGCGAACGACAGUAGGCAAGGACUGUCAACACCUCAGCCGCAUCGUCACUGAGAAGCUGUGCCGCAACUUCGUCGACAAGUUCCACGCCACUCUACCACCAGAGCUCCGCGAGAUGGUCUACGACUACGUCGGGAAUGAGCCCAUGCACAGGCUGGUCUUCGAUGACGUGACCUUGUACGAGAAGACUUCGAACACUACAAGUGUCCCGCUUUCCGUCGCGUCGACUGACCGUCGUGGGCGAGCCAAUAUCAACUCGGCGCCUUGGUCCGUACCCUGUGGGCGAAAUACCCGUCGCUGUUUCCAUUGGCAGGAGCUUCCGUUCUGGGUCCAGCACCAGUAUGUUGGAAAGGACGUCGCAAAGGAAGUCGCCAAAGCAUACUAUCGCAAUAUGAACGCCCGUCAGUUGGAUGCUGAUCACCUCGAUGGUCUCACCGACUUGUUGUCGGAAGAUCACUUCCACCUCAGUGUCAAACCUGUCGACCACAUCCGCCGCCUGGAGCUCUCCUUGGCGGAGGAUGCUUACAUCCAAGACGAGGACCGAUUGAAACACUCUAUUCAGAGCAAGAAGGGCCAAGACAUCUUCCAGCACCAUUUCGAAAAGCUCUUGGACGUGCGUGUCAAGAGGGGUUUCCACCUGACGAUCAAGCUCAAAUGGGAUGGUGCUCGCAUCUACUGUACACCGGCCUUGGAGCGCUCACGUCGCGUUGUCAACGUGUUGAUGAAUGAGGGUGCCAUAGUCACUGUAGUUGCUUGGGAGAAGAGCCAGCGCGCAGAGUACAACGUCUCGGACUACUACGCACUUGCGCCGGAAGAUUGGCAGGCAAAGUGGACAAAGAAGGUGCGAAAAGACCAGCGUCUGGAGGGCCGUCGCUCUAACUCCUACGUGGACUCUUGGAUGGCGUUUAUCGAGAACUCCUCCCAAAUUGACAACGACAUUGUUGACGACGACCUCAUGGAUGAUUCGGAACAAGAGAACUUGAAAGACGAGGCGUUUAUGAAGGCUUUGGCUGGCUUGGAAGGUCCCAAGAGGAGUGUUUCUAACCCGUUUGCCGACUACUACACACUUCUUGAUGAAGAUUCCGAUCUGGAGGGCUCUUUUUGAGGUCAGCUCGGAUUUCCUGCGUGACAGCUCCGGUCACAUCUAGGUAGUAAUCAGCGCCCAGCAUGUUUGAGCGGACACGUCAGUCUAAGGGAAAAGAC